CUGCUCCCGCCCCCUGCCCCUCUCCCUUUUGGACCGGCACUACCCCCGCCUAUCCCGCUCCGCCUCACGAUCCGCCGCGUCCUGGCCCCGCCCCCAGCCAGCCAGCCACCGCAGGGACCCGCCGCCGCGGUUCCUCCCCCCGCUCUGGCCCCGCCCCCUGCCCCUCCCGGCCCUCGCUGAUCCCCUCGCCCUCUCUCGCCCUCUGCCGGCGACCGCCCUCAAAAGGAAGGCUGGGGCCCGCAGGGUCGCCCUGAGGAGGAGGCGGGACAUCCGUGCUCCUUUCCGGAAGUGACGCGGGAGUGUCAACAUGCAAGAUGGCGGCGCAUCACAGGCAGAACACGGCGGGGCGGCGGAAAGUGCAGGUGAGGAAAAUGAAGGAAGAAGGCAGAGGUUGUGACUUGGCCAGGGUCAUAUAUAGCUGGUAUCUUAUGUCAUUAGAGAUGAAGUAGAAAAAUGUAAUCGGAAUGGAGUCAACGCUCUUCAGUUGGAUCCAGCGUUAAACCGACUCUUCACCGCUGGGAGAGACUCUAUCAUUAGAAUAUGGAGUGUCAGCCAGCACAAGCAAGAUCCCUAUAUAGCAUCUAUGGAACACCACACCGAUUGGGUAAACGAUAUUGUACUUUGUUGUAAUGGGAAAACAUUAAUAUCUGCUUCCUCUGACACAACAGUCAAAGUGUGGAAUGCCCAUAAGGGAUUUUGCAUGUCAACAUUAAGGACACAUAAGGAUUAUGUGAAAGCCUUAGCCUAUGCCAAGGACAAGGAGCUGGUGGCUUCCGCUGGGCUGGACAGACAGAUCUUCCUCUGGGAUGUUAACACCCUCACAGCACUGACUGCCUCAAACAACACUGUCACAACUUCCUCUCUAAGUGGGAACAAAGAUUCCAUUUAUAGCCUUGCAAUGAAUCAGCUGGGAACAAUCAUUGUAUCGGGGUCCACUGAGAAGGUUUUGCGGGUUUGGGAUCCAAGAACAUGUGCAAAGCUCAUGAAACUUAAAGGGCACACAGAUAAUGUGAAAGCUUUGUUGUUGAACAGAGAUGGGACUCAGUGCCUUUCUGGCAGCUCCGAUGGAACUAUCCGCCUCUGGUCCCUCGGCCAGCAAAGAUGUAUAGCAACCUAUCGAGUACAUGAUGAGGGAGUAUGGGCCUUACAGGUUAAUGAAGCCUUUACUCAUGUGUAUUCUGGAGGAAGAGACCGGAAGAUUUAUUGUACAGAUUUGAGAAACCCAGAUAUACGGGUCUUGAUUUGUGAAGAGAAAGCCCCUGUUCUCAAGAUGGAGCUUGAUAGGUCAGCUGAUCCUCCACCUGCAAUUUGGGUUGCAACAACGAAGUCUUCAGUGAAUAAAUGGAAUUUGAAGGGAAUUCAUAAUUUUAGAGCUUCUGGAGAUUAUGACAAUGACUGUAACAAUCCUAUAACACCCCUUUGUACCCAGCCUGAUCAAGUUAUUAAAGGAGGUGCCAGUAUUAUUCAGUGUCACAUUCUUAAUGAUAAGAGGCAUCUAUUAACCAAAGACACCAACAAUAAUGUGGCAUUUUGGGAUGUGCUAAAGGCAUGUAAAGUUGAAGAUCUUGGCAAAGUGGAUUUUGAAGAAGAAAUAAAGAAAAGAUUUAAAAUGGUGUAUGUGCCAAAUUGGUUCUCAGUUGAUUUAAAAACUGGGAUGUUGACAAUUACACUGGAUGAGAGUGACUGUUUUGCUGCUUGGGUGUCAGCAAAAGAUGCUGGCUUUAGCAGCCCAGAUGGAUCAGAUCCAAAAUUGAACUUAGGAGGGCUUUUACUACAAGCCCUCCUAGAGUAUUGGCCCAGAACUCAUGUUAAUCCAAUGGAUGAAGAGGAAAAUGAGAUGAACCAUGAUUACCCAAAGCCAGGAAGAAGGACCAACACAUUUGGAGGACAGGAUCCAGGUGAAAAAAAGGACUGGCCCGGCGAGACUGUGAAUGGCGAGCAGGAGAAUCGAGUCCAGAAGGGGAAUGGCUACUUCCAGGUUCCUCCACACACCCCGGUGAUCUUUGGCGAGGCGGGAGGCCGUACCCUGUUCAGGUUGCUGUGUCGGGAUUCUGGAGGGGAGACGGAGUCGAUGCUGCUUAAUGAGACAGUGCCCCAGUGGGUGAUUGACAUCACUGUGGAUAAAAAUAUGCCCAAAUUCAACAAAAUUCCCUUCUACCUCCAACCUCACUCAUCUUCAGGGGCAAAAACCUUAAAGAAAGAUAGACUGUCUGCCAGUGACAUGCUCCAGGUCAGGAAGGUGAUGGAGCAUGUCUACGAGAAAAUCAUAAACUUGGACAGUGAGUCUCAGACCACCAGCUCGUCCAAUAACGAAAAAACGGGAGAGCAGGAGAAGGAGGAGGACAUUGCCGUGCUGGCGGAGGAGAAAAUUGAACUUUUGUGCCAGGACCAAGUUUUGGAUCCGAACAUGGACCUUCGAACAGUCAAACACUUCAUAUGGAAGAGUGGCGGCGACCUGACCCUGCAUUACCGCCAGAAGUCCACGUGAGGCUGUGAGGGCGGACACUCCUGGGUAUUCAUGUCCUGACCUUCCUGUCGUGGUCCCGAGAGUAAUACUACCUAGUGAAGCCCACUGAGCCCCCGCAGUAGCGAGACUUCUAACGACUGAUUCAGUACGGACCGAGAUUAUCCCUUUUACCUGAAGUGACUAAUAGAGAUGUAAUAUAGAACCUGGUCUGCACGGCCCAGGCUCCUGUCUGUCCCCAGGGGAGGCAGCGUGUGGGGGGGAGGGAGGGGUGUGAGCAGCGCCCGCCAGCCGGGGUAGACUGCCGCUUCUCUCUCCCCAAAGCCGCCUCUGCGUCAGGAGACACCCCAGGGCCGUGUCUGUCGCUGUGUUCCAAAUGUAAUUCCAACCUGCACGAUGUCUCGCCUUUUUUUUUAAGCACAUUCCAUUCAGAGCGCUCCCCGAUGACCUUCCCGGACAGUCGCCCAAAAACCCCAUCGUCGUCACCGUUCAGAGGCCGGGUCUUUUUUUUUUUUUUUUUUUUUUUUAAAGGGGGGGGGGUGCAUCUUUGAACCCUUGACAGCAGUCCCUUGAAUUACAAACUCGGGGUCGGUGAUAGACUUGGUUCUCACUACUGUACCAGAUGUGUUCUCGAAGAGAGAUGGGUCGCAGUUCAGACAUCCUGAAUCGGAACGCUCCAGAACACGGCAGGGUCAGGCCGGGGACGCCGGCUGCGAUACCAGAAGCGACCCACUUUUCAGCAGGAGCCGGUUAAACCGUAGCCGUCUCAGCUCUUCCUCCCUGCGCUUCAUCCACUGAAGUGCAGGUUACGGCUCCGGGUGGAAACCUGAACUCUCGUAAAACUCUUAAGAGCAUUCUGAAAUUUUAACUUCAUUUAAAUGUUACCUAAAGUUUAUGUCAGAGUAAAGGAGUAUCAUAGCAGGUUAAUUUGAUGUUCAUAAUCUAAAAGUAGUUCUUUGUUUUUCCAAAGUUUUAUAUGCAUUUUUUGGUUGUAUCUAGAGCUUCUUUUCACUGUUCUUUCUAAUGAUCUAAAGCUUUCAUACAGUCAUCUGGGUCUUGUAUAGAGUUUAACUUAUUGGGGGAUAAAACAUUUCAACUUUUGGCAGGGAAAAAAACAAAAAACAAAGCACCUUUGGAUUCUCCCCAAAGGCCGAUUGUCCACAGAACAGGUCAGAGGUCCACCCCGAGAACUUGUGUGAGAGGAGACUCGUGUCCCAAGCCAGAAGCACAAGUGCCUUUGGAGGGUGGAUUGUUCCGUGCAGAUUUUCUUCCUGGUCUUGCUCCGGCCCCUCCCAUGGCGGAGGCGGGUGGGAGGGUGUUGGGGAGAGGGAGAGGUCUUGUCUACAACUGGGGGGAGGGGGCAGCUCUGGGGCCAUGAGGUUCCAGGUCCCAGUUGACUCUGUGAGCUCUGGGCUCUCACUCCCAUCAGGCUUCAUUUGGAAAGCAGCCGGUUCCUGCCUCCUGCCCGACACCACACUCAGUCCCUGGGCGCGUUCCGCGUGAUGCACCGUGGGCUGUGCUGGCAACAACGCGUGUGAAUCAAAUGGAAGAAAUCGGGCGCCGUCGGAACUCGUCAGGCGGCCCCCGAUCCUACACCCGGUUGGCAGGAGUUCCUCCGGGUCCCUGUGGGUGCCCACCUUUUACAGACGCUGCUGCUUCUACUUUGAGGGGCCUUCUCUCCACCAGGGCCCUCUUUAAUUCCCUCCCUCCCCUUCUCUUCUAACCAACUCGAUAAUGCAAUUUCAGGAAAGUUUGACAGUCUGCAAUGCCAAAAGGGUAAAUAAUCUGUAUUUCACAGUUGUAUAGAAUAAAAGGCUUUAGUUAAAAUA